CUCCUCCACUCCAGGCAACUUUCAUCAAGCCUACUCAACCAUCGACAUCUUUCCUGCCUGUUAGAACUCUCACUCCUACGCUACGUGUCCGUCUUUGGGGAACGAAAUUGCCGUCUCACUUGUCUACUCAGGCCUUGGCAACCCAAUCCAUCAGUUAACUCAUCUCCGAGCGAUCCCGCGACAAUGGCCGAUUCCACCAACGCCCCCAAGCCAAGCAGUAGCGUCAAGCUUGUGCUUCUUGGUGAAGCUGCUGUCGGAAAGUCGUCUCUCGUAUUGCGCUUCGUUAACAACGACUUCCAAGAAAACAAGGAGCCCACUAUUGGUGCCGCCUUCUUGACUCAGAAAUGCAAUCUCCCAACAAGGACCAUCAAGUUUGAGAUUUGGGAUACUGCCGGCCAAGAACGUUUUGCCUCGCUGGCUCCUAUGUACUAUCGAAACGCCCAGGCCGCCCUCGUCGUAUACGAUCUCACCAAGCCCACAUCCCUCAUCAAAGCCAAGCACUGGGUUGCUGAGCUGCAACGACAGGCUUCUCCCGGUAUCGUUAUCGCACUGGUCGGUAACAAGCUUGAUCUUACAGGCGACUCGUCCAGUGUCGCAGGUGCGGAUGGGGAGGAGGGCGACGACUCUGGCGAUGCCCGCAAAGUUCCCACGGAAGAGGCUCAGGCAUACGCGGAGGAGGAGAGCUUACUGUUCUUCGAGACCAGUGCCAAGAGCGGGCAUAAUGUUACCGAGGUGUUUACUGCCAUCGCAAACGCUAUACCUGAGACGUCGCUGAAGAGCGCGAGGGGAGCUGGUGCAUCAAAUGCUGCCAGCCGGGGAAGUGAGGAGCAAAGAGUGAAUCUUGGAGGUCCCAAGGAUGCCGGCGCCAAGGAUAGUUGCGCUUGCUAGACAAAUUCGAAUGGAGAACUGUUGGUGAGAGGAUGAAGUGGGAGGUACAGACGACGAAUCCUUUUCGUAUUGUACGUAAUUCUGCCCUUUUCCUGCGAGUCACUUGCUUGGGAAUGAUGCUGAAGAGAGCAUCUGGGAGUUGAUUUUGUGUUUUUCUUGUUACCACCUAGCAAUGUUUUGUUGCGGCUCGAAUGGACAAUUGGCGGUCACGUUCAUAACUCUUAUGAUUAUAACACUGUUUGACUACCUGCCUCUCGUGAAGAUGUGCAGCUGGAGAAUGGGAGAAGAAGACAGUUGCGCAAGUG